CGAACUUUCCUACCUCUUAGCUUUCAUCCAUUUAUAGCAAUCCCCACAUUUUCUCGGCAAACAAUCUGCUGCUUGGACUUACUUUCUUCGUUGCGUAAUCCUCUUCUUGCGCUAAUCAGGAAGUCCAUUAUUUAGGCCUCAAUAUGUAAGCAACAAGGGUUUCUCAUUUUCUCGGAAAACCAAACAGAGGCUUUACGGGGCAUUUGUGGGCUAUUGAGGAGUGAAAAUGAGUCGUGUUGUUGCGGACUCGAAUGGGUUUGUUGGGGACUGGGCGUCGGCGGUGAGACGGUUGUUCAAUUUCCCGAAGAGCGGUGAGAAAUUAAUGUUUACUUCGCGGCCACCGCAGUCCAUUGAGAACAAGGGCGUGUUGAGCAUUCCGGCUGACAUUUUAGAGACUCCCAAGGAGUACAUUUUCUACAUGGACGUGUCUGGCCUGUCCAAGUCUGAUAUUCAGGUGACGGUCGAAGAUAAGAACACCCUUGUGAUCCGUAGUGGUGGAAAGAGAAAACGUGAAGAUGGCGAGGAAGGUUGCAAGUACCUCAGGCUUGAGAGGAGGGUACCCCAAAAGCUCUUGAGGAAGUUUCGCUUGCCCAAAAAUGCGAAUGUGUCGAUCAUCACAGCCAAAUGCGAGAAUGGGGUUUUGGCUGUGGUGGUUGAGAAGCUUCCUCAUCCAAACAAGCCCAAAACCGUGGAAAUUACUGUUUCCUAA